ACCAGCAGCGGUGCAUGUGCAGCAGCAGCCGGGAGCCGGAGCCGGGGCAGGGAGACCCAGGGGCAGGGAGACCCAGGAGCCGGGCUGAGACCCAGGAGCCAGGCUGAGCCUUAGGGGCCGUGGAGAGCCACCCAGGGGCCGCAGGAACCGGGCGGACCGCAGCGGAAUGAGGCCAGCAUCCACCCCGGACCCGCGCACGCUUUAGGGUCGUGUUUAUGAGCUGGCAGACAUAUGGGCAGGAAGAAGUAAAAGCAUCGGUUCAGGCCUCCAGCUGAGCUCUGGGCCGCGUCGGCGGGGCGGCGGUGGCGUUUGCGUGAGCGAGGGGGGAUGAAGUCCAGCAUGAGGCAGUGGUGGCGGCUGGUGCUGGCCGCCAUGCUGGCCUGGGUGCUCCUCUUCCUCGCCCUCCUCUCCUACUUCCUGGACGCCCGCGUGGACGAGCCGCUCACCUCGGCCGGAUCGCUGCUCUCGCAGCAUCCCGACACCCGCCGGCUGGCGUCCAUCCAGGCGUCGCACCAGCGGCACGCCGCGCUGGGCUCCCGCUUCCAGCAGGCCUUCCCGCUGACAGCGGCGUACCGCCCGGAGCCGUCCGCCAGCGCCGCCGCCUCGGAGGCCGCCAGCGUGGAGGCGAGCCACGGCCCCGACGGAGCCGACGGAGCCGCCUACGUGGCCUACGGCAGCCAGGAGGCCGUAGGCCGCCGCGACUACCUGGACCCGCAGAGCCUCGCCGCCUGGUCCUCCUUCGGCACCGAGAACGUGGGCUCCCACUCGGACCCCGGAGUGCGGAGCCGCGAGAGGACUUUCCAGGGGUCGGAGUAUCAAAACCAAGCCGGCGACGAGGACGACGACGCGAGGGAGAACGAGGACGAGGAGCCGGAUAAUGUGAGGACUAUGGCGGAAGGGCGGAGGGCCGGGGGCGACUCCAGCGACCCGGAGGACCGGUACUUCUCCCGGUCGGGCCUGCGACUGUGGCGGGGCCGGGUCUCGGCCGGCAUGCUGAGCCCGCGGCUGCAGCGCGCCAUGAAGGACUACAUGAACGCCAACAAGCACCACGUGUCGUACAGCGGGCGCCGCAGCGCCAGCCAGAGCGCCCGGGAGCUGCUGUGCCAGAUGAAGGCCCAGGCCCGGCUCAGGACGGUGGACGGCUCGGAGCAGCCGUUCUCCCGGCUCGGCUGGGACGGGGUCGUGCCGCCCGUGCCGCUGGAGCGCGUGCACGGACGGCGGGACCGGAGCAGCUUCCAGACCUGUGCCGUGGUCACGUCGGCCGGCGCCAUCCUGCGCUCGGGGCUGGGGAGAGAGAUCGACUCCCAUGAUGCAGUUCUGCGGUUCAACGCUGCACCGACUGAAGGCUACGAGCGCGACGUGGGGAACAAAACCAGCAUACGCAUCAUCAACUCCCAGAUUCUGGCCAAUCCCAGACACCGGUUCAACACCAGCUCCAUCUACAAGAACGUGACCCUGGUGGCCUGGGACCCGGCGCCGUACGCCGUGGACCUGCACAAGUGGUACACCAGCCCGGACUACAACCUGUUCGGCCCGUACGUGCAGCACCGGAAGCUGCACCCGGACCAGCCCUUCUACAUCCUCCACCCCGGCUACGUGUGGCGUCUGUGGGACGUGAUCCAGGCCAACACCCAGGAGAACAUCCAGCCCAACCCGCCCUCGUCCGGGUUCAUAGGCAUCCUCCUGAUGAUGGCGCUGUGCGAGCAGGUGCACGUGUACGAGUACAUCCCCUCCAAGCGGCAGACGGACCUGUGCCACUACCACGAGCACUACUACGACGCGGCGUGCACGCUGGGCGCCUACCACCCGCUGCUCUACGAGAAGAGCCUGAUCCAGCGCAUCAACGCCGGCCCCGAGGCCGAGCUCUGGGAGAAGGGCAGGGUCACCCUGCCGGGCUUCAGCACCGUCGACUGUGCCGUCUGAGACACCAGAUCCUGCCUCGCCCACACACACACACACACACACACACACUCCGAGGGAGAGGUGCAAUAAAGCCGCUGCAGACCAGGAGGCUGGAGUUGGACCCACGCAGAGCAUAAGCCAUAGCUCCCACCGCCCCCCCGGGGGGGAAUCAGCGGCCAGGAUUCAUCGUCUGAGAGCUGGGAAAAUAAAAAUAAAUACAACAAAACUCUGCUUUAGCUGAGCCACGUUAGCGGUGGAGCUAACUGACGUACAGUAGCACCAGAUUCGUGUUUUAGAAUAAAAAAAAAAAAGUUUCAGUAACUGGAUGUGUUUAGUACGACGGAGUAUUAGGGCCAAACUAAGACAAAAAAAAGGGAAAUUACGAGAAUAAAGUCAUAAUAUAAUGAGAAUAAAGUCGUAAAAAUGACGUGAAUAAAGUCGUAAUGGAAUAAAGUCGUAAUAGAAUAAAGUCGUAACAUUACAAGAAUAAAGUCGUAACAUUACGAGAAUAAAGUCGUAACAUUACGAGAAUAAAGUGGUAAUUUACGAGAAUAAAGUGGUAAUUUACGAGAAUAAAGUGGUAAUUUACGAGAAUAAAGUGGUAAUUUACGAGAAUAAAGUCGUAACAUUACGAGAAUAAAGUCGUAAUGGAAUAAAGUCGUAACAUUACGAGAAUAAAGUCGUAACAUUACGAGAAUAAAGUCGUAAUGGAAUAAAGUCGUAACAUUACGAGAAUAAAGUCGUAAAAUUACGAGAAUAAAGUCGUAAUAGAAUAAAGUCGUAAUAUUAUGAGAAUAAAGUCGUAAUAUUAUGAGAAAAAAGUCGUAACAUUAUGAGAAAAAAGUCGUAACAUUAUGAGAAAAAAGUCGUAAAAUUACGAGAAAAAAGUCGUAAAAUUACGAGAAAAAAGUCGUAAAAUUACGAGAAAAAAGUCGUAAAAUUACGAGAAUAAAGUCGUAAAAUUACGAGAAUAAAGUCGUAAAAUUACGAGAAUAAAGUCGUAAAAUUACGAGAAUAAAGUCGUAAAAUUACGAGAAUAAAGUCGUAACAUUACGAAAAUAAAGUUGUAAUAUUACGAGAAUAAAGUCGUAACAUUACGAAAAUAAAGUCGUAAUAUUACGAGAAUAAAGUCGUAAAAUUACGAGAAUAAAGUCGUUAUAGAAUAAAGUCGUAAUAUUACGAGAAUAAAGUCGUAAAAUUACGAGAAUAAAGUCAUAAUAGAAUAAAGUCGUAAUAUUAUGAGAAUAAAGUCGUAACAUUAUGAGAAAAAAGUCGUAACAUUAUGAGAAAAAAGUCGUAACAUUAUGAGAAAAAAGUCGUAAAAUUACGAGAAUAAAGUCGUAAAAUUACGAGAAUAAAGUCGUAAAAUUACGAGAAUAAAGUCGUAUAUUACGAGAAUAAAGUCGUAACAUUACGAGAAUAAAGUCUUAAUAGAAUAAAGUCUUAAUAUUACGAGAAUAAAGUGGUGAAUAUCUUGUGAAUUUAGUAUAUAUUAUACAUUACAACUUUAUUCUCACAACAUUAUGACUUUAUUCUGGUAAUUCCAUGACUUUAUUUUCGUAAUUUCCAUUCUUUUUUUGUCUUAGUUUGGCCUUAAUACUCCGUGGUAGUUUCGGUCGUGUGUAGUCCGUGUUUUGCAGUAAUAAGGGCGGUCCUCCUCCUCCUUCGCCGAAAGGGAACGCCACUGUCUUUUUUUAAACUGCUGAAUGUUGGAAAUAAAACAGGUUUUUAAUCCACACGCGUGUGCAGGAAACGCUGCAGGUCAAAGGUCAGAGACCCGGCGCUGCACUCUCAUUACUGUACAUAUCCUCCAGCGGAACGGGGCGUUUUUUUUUGCUCGUCACGAGGGUUUGAUGUCCGACUACUGAUGCUGACGAGCGUCGUCAUGGUUACUGUCCUGUGCACACUGACUGUCCGGACUGACGCAGAGCAGCUGAUCUCUCUCCAGCGAUGGACUUCCUAACUGCCGAGGCAAUCACCCCAUCCCUCGUUUGUUCUGUUGGUUUUUAUCGUCGUGCUGAAUUCACUCCUUUUAGGGCUGGGCGAUAUGGACCAAAAGUCAUAUCUCGAUAUUUUCUAGCUGAAUGGCGAUACUCGAUAUAUAUCGAUAUUUUUUCUGUGCCAUAAUUGGGGUUUCCCCCAAAGCAUUAUAGCAUAGCAUCUCUGUUAGCAUCUCUGUUAGCAUCUCUGUUAGCUUCAUUUUUUCUGAGGCAAACCCUUAAAAAACAGUCAGUUUUAAUACAAAGCCUCGUGCCAAAUGUCACACAGGUUCCUUUAUUAACAGAGGUCUGCACAAUAUCAAAAUGUAUAAAACAAAUGAAAUAAAAAUAAACUGCCUACAUAUAUAGAAUAAAAAUGCUUCUUGAAUAAAAUAAAACAAAUAUCCCUUUCCUGCAUAACAAUUAAAUUAAAAUACACUGCAAUUAAUACAAUGUAGACAGUAACAGGCAGACUUUUCCACUGAGUUUGACAGUUGUGCAAAUAAAACAUUUGUGCAAAUCUCAAAUAAAACAUUCAAGUCAAUUUGUCACAAAAUAAGCUAUAUCAAAAUCAUUAAAAAAAAAAAAAAUCAUAAAAAAAAAAUAUAUAUAUAUAUAUAUAUAUAUAUAUAUAUAUAUAUAUAUAUAUAUAUAUAUAUAUAUAUAUAAAAUGUAUGCAUUUUCCCAUAAUUUCAAGCGGAAUGAUACUAGCAAAACAAGAAUAUUCAAAGUGUAUUUCAAAUGCUUUAUUGCAGCAAUAUCGCUGCAGAACAAAGAAAAUGCUACAUUUAGUCUGGGCUACCUCACCCAUCAGACCAUCUACACUGCAAAAAUUCAAAAUCUUAAGAAGAAUAUUUGUCUUAUUUCUAGUUAAAAUGUCUCAUUUUUAGUAAAAAAAAAAAUCUCAUUACACUUAAAACAAGACUCAUCACUGGAAAAAACAACAAUUUUCACCUGUUUCAAGUAGAUUUUCGCUUAAAAUAAGUAGAAAAAUCUGCCAGUGGAACAAGAUUUUAUAUAUAUAUAUAUAUAUUUUUUCGAGAAAAAAAAAAAUAUAUAUAUAUAUAUAUAUAUUUUUUUUUUUAAUAAUCGAUAUAAACGAUAUUGUCUCAUACCAUAUCGCGUUUGAAAAUAUAUCGAUAUAUACUAAAAUCUCGAUAUAUCGCCCAGCCCUAACUCCUUUUUAUUGAAUGUAACUUUAACCUCUGCGUGUCGAGGUUUGAAUCCUCGCCGGAGCUCAUUUCUGCCGUUUCAUAUUCCCCUGAAUCCUCUUGAUAUUAGUCUCAGAGCGGAGGAUAAACACAGGAAUCUGGGCUCGUAUUAACCCAGAUUUGACCCUUGACCCCUCGCGUUCGAGCUCCGGAGGGUUCGGCUCGACACGGAGAGCAAGGUCUUUGUGGGUUUAUUGCCUAAAACAGAUUUUAUUACGAUAAAAAUGUCCGUUUGCCUUUUUUAGAGAUUUGGUGAAAGAUGCCAAAAUGUGUCAUAAAUGUUGAUUUUUAAACAUUUUUGGAUGUGAAACGAUGACUUUUAGUGGUGGAGUAGAAAGAAACUGUUAAGUGAAGUAGAGAUUAUACGGAGAUACGUUUUAGUGUAAGUAAGUGGAGAAGCAUGAUGUGAACUUUUUAAGCCAGACUGUAAAUAAUCAAAAGAAAACGAGCCACUGUUUAUACUUUUAUCAUGUUUGGUGCCAGUUUUCAGACUUUUCUUUUUUUUUUUCAUUUUCUUUUUUAUUGGCAGUGCUAAUAAAAUAAUUUAAAUUGUC